AAUACAACGCAACGGAUUGCAAGGAAAACGAUAAAACAAGGAAAAGAUUAGAGCAGUGCCGAGAAUUGUGAAGUGUAUACGAUGGAAUGAGUUAGUCCAGGACCAAGAGCAAACCGAAUCCAGCGGCUGGCAACAAGAUGACGGAGAAAGACGAGAUGGCUAACGGCGGCAGCAACAGCAACUGCCAGGCCCAACUGCAGCUCUGCGUGCGUGGAAAUGUGUCAUGGCAGCAGCUGCCCGUGCACCUGCGGUCGGUGCUGCACAACAAUCAGCGCGACUACGAGAAGUUCGUGUUCAACUACAGCCUGAAGAACCAGCUGCGCUUUCGGGGAAACCUGGCCUCCAAGGUGUUCCGCCAGGAGCAGCGCUACUACGAGCUGCUCAUCCAAAAGAACAUCAACGGGCUCGGGGUCUUCCCCUACCACCUGGCGGACAUUGUGACCAAGGGACUGCGCGUCACGCCCUUCAACUACUAUCUGGACGUGCUCAGCCAGCUGCUGCGCAGCGACAAGAGCUACGACACGCUGCCCAACUUCACGGCGGCCGACUGUCUUCGGGUCCUGGGCAUUGGCCGCAAUGAGUAUCUGGGCCUGAUUAGCGAUCUGAAGACACACACCACGCGCACUCUGCUCUUCAGCGCCAAGCCGAAUCCGCAGGACUUCUUGCCGCGCUUCCCCGUGCAGGUGCACGUCGAGCCCUGGUGGCGCCUAGACAUCGGCUUCGUCCUGGAGACGGACAUUCGCUUUGUGUCCUCUCCGGAGCGCAGCUUGCUCGAUGACCUCAUCGAUUUCGGUGCCCAGCCGGCGGGCAAAUGUGACUACCAUGUGGUGCACAGUCUCUACCGCAAGGGUCUGAUAUAUCUGGACGUGCCCAUUUGCGGGGAGGAUCGCAUCUCCAUUCCUCCCCUGCGGAACUUCGUGAUGAACCGCGUUAGCGGCGAUUACUUUGAGAAUCUGCUGUACAAGAUCUUCGUGAGCGCCGACGAGCACAUGACCAUCGCCGAGCUUGCCCACAUGCUGCAGUUGGAUCUGGACUGCGUGAAGCAGGCGAUUUCGUUCAUUUGUCGCCUGGGAUUCGCCCAUCGCAAACGCGAUUCUGGACAGGACCAAAACCAGCAGUCCAACCAUCCCAGCUGGGAGGGCUACAACCUGCAGCAGGUGCCAGAGACGCCCCAGAUCACGCCACUCAACUACAACCUGCACGCCGGCAGCUUCGACUUUGACCAGCAGCAGCAGCCGCAGCCGCAGCAGAGCCCCAAGUCCCCCAAGACGCCAAAGGCAGCGACACAGCCUCAAGAAAAGGACAAGGACAGCAGCUCGAUUGGCUACCUCUCCUCGGAUGGGAACACGAGCGACUUUAGCUUUGCCAAUCUGAACACGACUCCCACGGGAACUGGCCCAAACGCCAACAACAGCGACGAGCAGGAUGUCAGCUCCGAGCUGGAGGAUGUAAGCGAGCGCACCACAACCAUUAAUUCCAAGAUGCCAAUGGCAGCGGGUACGGCGGCGGCGGCAACGAUGGCUCCUAAAAGCGGCAAGCGCGUGGGUUUCCUGUUCGACUCGACGCUCACCGCAUUCCUGAUGAUGGGCAAUCUGUCGCCGGGGCUGAAGAACCACGCCGUGACCAUGUUCGAGGUAGGAAAACUGUGCGAGGAGAGCAUGGACAGCUUUCUGACAGAGCUGGAGCAGGUCUCGCUGCUGGACGCCGAAGGAGAGGGCGAUGUGUCGAGGUACUUUGCACAUGCCGUGAUCCUCAGGUCAACAAUCUGCUCGCUGCGACAUCUGGUGCCCGGCGGUCUGGACCUGUUGCGGCUGGAGUGCCUCGAGGGGCUCGACAGGCAGACGCGCGAUCGUGUACUGGAGAAGAAGUACAAAUUUAUCAUCUCGGCCUCGCCGCUGACCGCUUCAUUGAGCCACACCUUCAGCAUUCCGUUCUUUGGACAAUUCCUGCGCAGCUCGGAUGUGGCGCCCAUGUGGUGCAAGCUGUUCUUCAACCAUAUCACAGGCUAUGGUCCUCCCAGUUUGCUGCUGUGUCGCGGCACUGUGCUGAAGACCCUGCCACGCCUCUUUCUGGGCUAUGGCAAGCUACUGGUGAACAUUCUACACUCAGACUCGUACGUCCUCAACUCGGAGAGCUUCCGCAAUCUGAACGAGCAGUUGAAGAACGGCUGUGUGCUGCUCCAGGGCUAUGGGAUCCGCUGUCCUGGCACCCUCCACUACGAAUCGUUUCCAUUCCAGCCCUCUGAUGGGCGCCAAGUCAAGUGGGCGGCCCAUAGGGCCAUCCAGAAGCUGAACGCCCUACUGGACCUGCGCCAGCAAUGCGGCUACAUCACAUUCCUGAACACGGGCGUGCCCGAUCUCGGCUGCGAGGAGUACGAACUGCAGGUGAGACUCAAGCCACCGCAGCGCAAACGCUCCUCGCUACCAGCCAGCAACAAGCUCAUCAACCAAGUGCCAACCAGUGAGGCGACGACACCCGCCACAGAGCUGACCAGCUACCAGCUCAAGAGUCCCGACGAGAACCACUUUGCGGCCACACCCGAGCAUGGACCGGCCAAUGAGUUUACGUCGCCUGACUGCAGCCAAGUGCUGGCCAGCGAGCUGGCCAAGUGCAGCCAACCAUCGCGUCAUGCCAGUCGCGCCGACCUGCUCUCGCAGAGCUCCGUGGAGAUACCCAUUGCUAUGGAGGACGGAUCCGGGGAGCCAGAGGCCUCCACAGAGGAGUGGACCCUGCUGGACGUCAAUUUCGGUGUCCCGCUCUUCGAUGUGGACACCAACACAAGAAUUUGCGAGCAUCUAGUGCAUGGCCUGUGCAGCGACUCCAAUCUGGAGGUACUAUCCAACUCCGCCGAGCAGACGCGGGCACUUUUCCUCGAAUUUGUGCGGCAGUGUCAGUAUUUUGAGGAGGAUUCAUCGACGCCGGAGCAGCUGCUUCAGCCGCUCCAGGCGGCCAGGCCACUGCCCCAUCCGCGCAUCAAUCUGGCUUUCGAGAACGGACACGUAUGCUAUUGGAACGGGCGUUAAAUUAGUGUAUCCCCCCCAACACAGCCCCCAGUACAUGUCCAGUCCAGCUUUUAAAGAGUAUUCUGUGUACUUUCCAAGUUAGUUAUCAGUUCAGUUUCUGUACAGUUCCAAGAAGAGACGCGAUAAAGCGCGAUAAAGCUUUUACACAAACCCAAAAACACACACACACACACAUCCCAGAUAUAUAUAUUUAUGUAUACGUAUAUACCGACUAUAUAUCCGAUAAUACAGUAUGCUACCCAUCAACCAAGCUCGGCAUUAGUCAGCGUCAAACCCAAUA